AUGGGAAUCCCCUACUCCCGCCAAAUCAACCAAGCCUUCGACCAAGUAACGCCCCUCGUCGCGGCGGGCUUUCGCGUCCUACAAACCACGCGCAACAUCUCCAUCCUGCUCGCCGUCAUCCAGGUCCUGACCGUUUUGCUGUUGGGUUUGAUCCUCAUCGUGCUGCUGGCGCUGCUGGUCAGCGUGAACCCGCAUUUGGAGGAGCAGCGCGACGAGCUCGUCACGCCCGCGCUGCAGAAAGUAUGUGAAGGGAGCGUCAGGUUGGGGAGGGGGUUGGCUUGGUUGCUUUGGAUUUCGGUCGUAGGCAGCAUGGUCGGCGGCGGCCUCGGCAUCUACUGGACAGCCAAACACGGCGAUUUGGGUGAGGAGGCCGAAGUGGACGCUGAGGUCAGGGAGGAGGAGGCUGUCAAGGAGGCGGAGGACAAGAAGGGGGAGGAGGUGGAGGUGGGGGGAUGA